AAUACCAUCAUUGAGUCUUCUAAAUUCUCCUAUAUAAGGAUGUCAGAGCCGAGUAUCCCUGUUGUUUGGACGCAAAACGAUAACACCACCACAUCCUUUCACACCACAUACUCUACCUACACCUACAGUUACACUUCCGAACAUGCAGGAUCUGCCGGACAUCCCCAACACCCGAUAGGAGAAAUAGGCGACACCCCCGGAAACAGAGAGAGACUCCUCUGGAUCAUAUUCCACGUGAUAUUCGUAUCCUUCUCUCUCAUUGGGGACUCCAUUAUCUUAAUAGGAGCCACAAGGUUUAAAGCUAUAAAGCUGCACCGUGUUAUAGUGGUGGUUAUUCAGCAUCUAGCGGUUAGUGACCUCAUGCAGACAGUCUUCAAGAUGAUCCCUACUAUUGUUAGUUUAGUGGCUGCAGAUGGGUGGGUGAUGGGAAAGUUCCUGUGUUUGGUGACCCAGGAGGUUAUCUUUAUUUGCACGCCUGCUACGUAUAUGUUGACUUGUAUUCUGUCUACUUUUAAGCUGUUGAUCGUUCAGUUUCCUCUGCGGACCCGGACAUGGUCUAAGAAGAGAUCCCAUGUUAUUUGCAUCAUUUUCUGGCUUAUAUGUGCGUUUAUACUGCCUAAUCAGCUGCUUUUCAUGAUGUUCGUGAACAUGAAAUCCCUUUAUUUUCACUACGACUACUACAUCUGCAUGUAUAUUCUUCCUCACGCUGACCGCAAACGUUUGCCACCUGGAUUCAUAAUGUUUACAAAAGUGUUAGCUUACUUCAUACCAGUCGUUGUUCUAUUCAUUCUCGUAACAACGUCCAUUCUUAUGCUCUACAAAGCUAAACAAUCUGCUGUAAGACACGGCCGACCUGUUCGUUGGCAUGGAAUCCUGACUGUCACCAUAACGACUGUAAUAUUCCUGGUGUCCCAUCUUCCAGACAUGGUUCUCAUCUUGGUGCACGGGUCAUCAGUACAACCCAGCAGCUCUGUUAAACGUGCUGUUACCUUCUGUUUAAACAUUAACAUCGUGGCUAACGUGUUCGUGUACUAUCUAACUGUGAGGAGCUUUAGAGAGUUCCUCUCCACUAAACUCAGACAGCUGGCUCUAAAGUUGGGCUUAUCUUCUCCUGUAACACCGCGAGCUGUCCGUCAGGUAAUGUUACAGCGUUGUCAAGAGACCAGCGUUGUUUAGGUGACCAGUGUGGUCUAGGUGACCAGUGUGGUCAAGGUGAUCAGUGUGAUCAAGGUGACCAGU